GUGGGUUGUGCGGUGACUGUUUGCCGUUAUAGAGUCGCUUUCUCUCAGAAAAUGGAGGACGUGCGAAGCGAAGAGAGAACCACUGUCGAUGUGUCCUCGGUGUCAAAGCCCGGAAUGACUCAGUGUUCGUGUAGCGGGUUUCUGAGGCGCCUCCGUGCCUGGAUACCGGUCGGUUAUAGAAAAGAAUUCGUUCACAUAACCAAGUUAGCAGGACCGGUGUUUAUUGCCCAGCUCAUGGUCUUCCUGAUAAGUUUUGUGAGCACAGCAUUCUGUGGGCAUCUGGGCAAGAUGGAGCUCGCAGCGGUCGCCCUGGCCACAGCAAUAAUUAACAUCACUGGUUUUUCAGUUGGGUCUGGACUGUCAUCAGCAUGUGACACUCUGAUAUCUCAGACUUAUGGGAGUGGCAACUUGAAGAGAGUUGGUGUUAUUCUGCAGAGAGGGAUCCUAAUUUUGCUUCUGGCCUGUUGCCCAUGCUGGGCUCUUCUCAUCAACACAGAGGCCAUCCUAUUAGCCAUCAGACAAGAACCAGCAGUUGCCAGACUUGCACAGUUAUAUGUGAAGAUCUUCAUGCCUGCCCUCCCAGCAACAUUUCUUUACCAGCUGCAAGGAAGGUAUCUGCAGAACCAGGGAAUAAUAUGGCCCCAGGUCAUCACAGGCGCAGUGGGAAAUGCUGUUAAUGCCCUGAUAAACUACAUCUUCCUUUAUGUACUGGACUUGGGGGUUGCUGGCUCUGCAGCAGCCAACAUUCUUUCCCAGUAUUCCCUGGCUUUAUUGCUGUACAUCUACAUCCUGUGGCGGGGUCUUCACAAGGCCACCUGGGGAGGUUGGUCCAUAGACUGUCUGCAGGAAUGGGGUAGCUUCAUUCGCCUUGCCAUUCCCAGCAUGCUCAUGCUAUGUCUGGUGUGGUGGAUAUAUGAAAUUGGAGGAUUCCUGGCAGGCCUGAAAAGCGAGGUCGAGCUUGGGGCUCAGUCAGUCAUUUAUGAAGUGACAAAGCUUGCCUAUAUGUUCCCUAUAGGCGUCAGUGUAGCUGCCAAUGUCCGUGUAGGGAACGCCCUGGGAAGCAGGGAUACGAACCAAGCCAAGCUAUCCUGCAAGGUAUCCAUGAUGUGUGCAGUUGUGGUUGCUGUGUGCAUAACUGCAGCUGCUGGGGCAUCAAAGGAUGUGAUCGCCUAUAUCUUCACAAAUGAUGAGCAGAUCAGGGAACGAGUUGCCAAAGUUAUGAUGAUCUACACCCCCUUCCAUUUCUUCGAUGCCAUAGCUGGGGUGUCAGGGGGUAUCGUGAAAGGCACUGGGAAGCAAACUGUGGGGGCCAUUUGUAACCUGUUUGGGUACUACUGUGUGGGAUUUCCCAUUGGCGUGUCUUUGAUGUUCCCUGCAAAAAUGGGAAUCUUUGGUCUGUGGAUUGGCCUCUUAAUUUGUGUGAUUUUGCAGUCCACAUUCUUCAUCAUCCUCAUUGCCAGGCUUGACUGGAAUAAAGCCACACAUGAGGCGCUGGUCAGAGCCGGAAUGCAGGCUCUAGAAGACCAACAAAGCCAGGCUCACAUCAUGAGCAGACAAGGGUGCUCCCAGGGCAUACCUGAUGAGAUGCAGCAGGACGAAGUUGGCCACACGGACCUGGAAGAACUGACUCGGACAGAGCCACAAGUGGCAGUGAGCACAGUGGGGGACGUUCUGGCAUUCAGAACGCUGGUUCUGCGCCGUGGUCUGAUAAUAGGCCUCAUGCUGGUUGUCUUGGUGGGGGGGAUUCUGAUCAACUUGCUCCUCACCCCUGCACCCAACUGAGGCUCCCAGGGCCACAGGGGAUACCCCAAUACCCUGGGAGAAAGAGGGUGAUGAGCACCUCAGCCAGGAGACAGCGCUGGCUUCAGCCUGUUUGCCUCUCUGUUGGAUCCAGCCACUUUCAUGUCAAGGCUCCAGGAUACAGAAGAAGCUCAAGCAAAUUAAGCAAAACCAUACCUGCUACUAAAGCAGAUGUUCACUAUUUAAAAUAUGUCUGUUUUGGUUUGGAGACAGCCAAGUGAUAUGUCCUUAUGUUUGAAAUAAAACAUGAAAGGAAAGUAAAGCUGGAUACCAGUUUAACAUUAAGCAGCUGAAAGCUCUGAGUUCUUCAGCAAUUCCAAUCUUACCCCAUAGUAGCUGCUCUUUUCUGGCUGCCUAUUGAAUGCAACCCAUAACGGCCUUGUGAAUUCAAGUCAAAAAGCAGCAAUUAGAAUAGGACUUCACUGAGCUGAAAUGUGUAAGUAUCGUGAAAGCAUUUCUGCUUUCUCACUUUUUGUUCUUAACUUCCAUGUGCAUUCUUUGGUAGUUGUGAAACUGAAGAAACACCACGAUCUGCCCAUUAAGAAAAAGUGGAAAUAAAACAACUGGAGCUAUGAUGUAAAACAUUUAAUUAAACUUUGCUAUUCUAUUCAAUGUGAAACUGCCAGUGCCAUUUAGCAAUAGUUCUUUGGAUUUCUCUCCUCUAACAUCUUGUGAUAUCACACAACACCCAUUUUUUUGCAACCAGGCAGGGCUGACAAUGUCAUGUUUUUGCAUUUUUACUUUGAGGAUUACAGAAAGUGGACUAAAGCAGGAAAAAACAAGCCAACUUUAUUAUUAACAUAAGAAAAUGUGUUUGUUGCACCCCUGGCAGCAAGCCAAACGACUGCACCUGCUGCUAAUCAGCACAACCAGGUAUAAAGGCAGCACUGUAACCGCACAAGGGUGCGGAAUCUUGCAAACGCCUCCCUUCGUGGAUUUGCGGAUUCAGUGUUCUACUCCUAGUCCCUUAGUCCCUGCUUUGUUUCCCUGACUCUCUUGGCUCCCAAUCCCCACUUGCUCUCCCAGCUCCUGAGAUUUGUUUUGCCCUUGCAGUGAUGUCUGUGCCUCGAAAGACCCCUGCCUGUCCAUGACCAUCGCUCUUUAGCUGCCCCUGUGAACCCACCAAAAAUAAAGCAGACCCACACUUGGGUCCAUUCCCUUACCUCCUGUCUCCAGUCCCCAUGCCUGACAGUGUUAAUAGUAUUCAAAAGCUACAUUCAACUUUAAA